AAAAUAUUAUUCCCCGUCGAUGGAUAUCCUAUUCGACCACCAAACAUUCCGAGCACUGGAACGGCUGGAGGAGGCAGCCGCAUGUCCUGGUCGUGCGGCGGCGGCGGCGGCGGCGGCGGCGGCGGUUGUGCGUCUUGGGAAGCGUCGCUAUCUCUCUAUCAUAGGAAAGACUUGAGGGGACUAUGUCGCGGCACUCUCGGACUGUGAUGCUCCCUGGAAACCUGAUAAUUCCGACUUCAAUAUAUAUUUCAGGAUUUCUCACAUCGAAGUAUAAUAAUGGCGGCAACUUUGGUUGCGUACAGCGACAGCGGAAGUGACUUGGAGAGCGACGAGGACGACCUUCGCACGAAGAAGAGACCGCGGGUUGAGGAAAGGUCAACCUCUGCAGCAUGGACCCGCACGUUCCCUCAUGUUGAUGGCAACUGGCCGUCGUAUGUGUCCUUUCAAGGUACCUACCUGCCUGCACCGUCCGUCCGUCGUCAUGCCUUGUCACUGACAUGUUCAUGUGUACAUAUUUCAGUACACCCUACCAAAUUGAUGCGCAAGAUGGCGGAAUAUGCCAUGCAUCAAGCCCAAGCGCGAGCUGGGCUGACGGACUUGCAGCUGGUGCCCAUGGAGUCUCCUUCCACCGAGAACUCCGACGGAAAUGACCAAGCCAAAGCAGAAAGCAUGUUCCAUCUCAGUCUGUCGCGCACAUUUGUUCUCACUCGGGCCCAAAUCGACCCCUUCGUGGCCGCCCUUCGACUGGCCCUUCGUUAUCGAAAGCGGUACAGCGUAGAGACAUAUCUCAUUCUCCAUCGUGCCAUAACUUGCGCAGACUUCGCGUGAGUGUCCAAGGGCUGCGCGUCCUCAUCAACGACGAGCGCACACGGCUGUUCGCCACCGUGCCCGUCGUGUCUGGCGCCGCCGACGUCUGCCACGUCAUUCGCUGCGUGGACAAGUGUCUUGCCCAGUUCCAUCGCGAAGUGUACUACGCCGACCCCCUUCCGCACAUCAGCGUCGGGUCGUCCACUUGCAUCUUGCCUGCGUUGACCUCGUUCGAUCAAGAAGAAACGUCGUCGUUACCGCCGCCAGUCCCGCUGGACCUCCAUCAAGUGCACGUGACCAUCGGAAACAAACACUUUACGAUUCCUCUGAAGUAAUACACGCUAGAGUUUCUUUGUCUGUCUCGCCCAUCGCCUUAUGCAAUUCCGCCAAGUCUUGGAGCACUUCGGCGCGGGUCUCGGGGUCCAAGGCCGCCGCCUUGCCGUACAUUUCCACGGCCCGCUUGCGGUCCUUCUUCCUUCCUCGCGCCGCCAGCAUCGUCGCGAGGUUGAAGUGGAACUUUCCCGAAGUCGGAUGUUUCAGGACUCCGUCUUCGAAUAAGCUCACGGCGGCAUCGAUGUUGCCCUGCUCCCCGUAGCAUGACGCUAACGCUGCGUACGCGGCAGGGGUGUCCUCGAGCUCAAUCACGCGCUUCAGGGCGUCCACGGCGCCGUCGACGUCGUUCGAUUCCACCAGGAGCGCACUGAGUUGGAACCAUGACGAGGCGUGGGUCGGCGCCACUUGGGUAAUUUGGCGGAGGAGGACCAGGGCCUCGUCCUUCUGGGCAGAGGCCUCGUACGCGCUGGCGAGGGAGCUCAUAAUGUCCACGUUCCCUGGGGAAAGGGCUAGCGCCUGAGCCAGUAUUUCCGCGGCCGCGUCGUGGGCUCCGAGUUGCGAUAAGGCGCCACCUGCUGCCACGAGCUCGUCGAGGUCCAUCUCAAUGUCGUCCUUGUCGUCAUCUCCGUCGUCGUCAUCGUCAUCGCCGUCCUUCUGCUUAGCGGGAGUUGGCGCUGUCUUCUUGGACACUUUCUUCGCCUUCUUCUCUGUCGGUGCUGGUGGGUCGCUGGAUGCUGCCGCCGCCGCCGCCUUGUUGCGCUUCCGUUUGGCCAUUUUGGUGCUUGAAGGAC